GAACUUCCCCAGAAAAGGCUGCUUUUCUGAAGAACCCAAUGAUUACUUCUGUCAUCGAGGCAAAGUGUUUUCGUCUAAAAGCACCGAGAGAAGAGGUGAUGGAAAGAUCAAAGUCAGGAGUAAGCCCAAGAACAAAGGCAAAAGCUGGUUCAAAUAAAUGGCCUUACUUUACGAUCUGAACAGCCCCUUCAACAAUGAAGUCGAAGAAUCUGAAAGCUAAUGCCCAGCAGAUGCUUCUGAAGAAAGGCUGGGGCAAGAAGAAGCCUUCCAAACGGAAGAAAAGCCAGAAGUCUUCUUCCAAUGUAAGAGGCCAUAUCAAAGUACGUAAAUAAGAAAUCUGAAAGUUAUUCUAAUCCUACAUCAGUUAAGAGAAAAGCCAAGAAGACCAAAUCACCUCGCAGAGACAUUGAGAACAUGAUGCUGCAGUUUCUGUCGCUUAAAUAAUGCUGACAACCAGAGCGAGCUGGUCUCGAAGUAUGCAAGUGACAACUACAAGAAAGGCGGCUUCACAGAAGAGCAGACAAACUCCAUUCUCAACAUCAGCUCGCAAGCGCAGGCAGGUCUCUCUUUCAACAACAAACGGAAUGAUAAAUAAACUUAAGUCUAGAGACCAGAGUAAAAAGAAGUUUUUCGAGUACUCUCCAAAGUACCCGAUCAAGAAACCGCCAAAGUCAAUGCUCAAAGCCAAGGUGCUCGAGCGUAGGCUGAUGGUCCCUGCUGGCAAGGGCAAGAGACUCGGCCACAAGAUCUCAUAUCCAACCAAUACGAGCUACUCAAACAACCAGGUUGAGAAGCAGUGGACUCAGGACAACAGAAACACUACUGGGUUGAACCUAGACCCAAGCCAGACCUGGGCUUACCCUGACGACGAUUAUGCAACGUUUAACAAAGAAAUGCUUUACAAGAACAGCCCGAACUGCAAGAUCCGAAAAGGAAGAGCAAGUUCAAAGAAAAAGUUGAAAACAUCUAAAGAUAGAAAUCAGACUCGCACUUCAGGAAACUCUCCAGUGAUGGCAAACUUUCUGCCGAUUUCUCGAGGGAAAGCUCAUAAAAAGCCAGUGAUCGACAGAAGUUUGAUUUAUAAGAAAUACGUAAAGAAAGCACCUGGUAAGUAAGCCAGGCUAGUUCAGCUUUGUCAGUCAUACCGAGUGGUAUUGGCUAGUACCAAACUUUUUAUGAGGGUUUGAUACCAAAAUACAUCAAAAGUAAGUUAAAUUUUAUGUUGAAAGCAUAUUUUUCCAUC